AAACCCAGAAAAGUCCAUUAAGCAUCAGUGGGGUAAAUCCUGAAGUGCUGAGGUAUCUGUCAGUGGGAAAUAAUGGUUGUGCUAGUGGUGUUCUGUAAGAAUGGGGUUGGGUGCUGUGAAAUACUGUCAUUGGACUGGUAGUUGUAUGCUUCACAGGGAUGGUAUGAAUUGGUUUUGUUUUUCUGAAGAUUUAUUGUGCCGAAAAAAAAGAAAGGGGAUUGGCCAUACAAGAUAACAGAGUUUCCUUUAUGUUUUGUUUUCUUUUAUGUGGGGUGAGGGGUGUUUUAUUUUUUAAAUGUGAAUAAAGACAAAUAACUUACAUGUUCAUAUACACACACAUACAUGUAUCUCCUCUUCAAUACAGUGCUUUUGCUUCAAAAGUAAGUUAAAAGGAAGACUUUUUUUAACUUGGAAAAUGCAACCUUCUGGAGCUGAGGACAUGGAGGAUGGUUUGUAUCUCUGCUCCAGUUAAUCAUCUCGAUAUAGCCAACUGAAACAGGCACAUCUCUUCAGCUUCAGAAAUAAUACAAAAACAGGACAUCACAACUGACGUUUGACUACCUCUUUGUACAUAGAAUGAGCAGCAGCAGGAAUUUAAUCGCAGCCCAGAGCUGUUCUUUCAGUACUAAUGUCUGUGGGAUUUAUUAUUUUUGUAAUUUGCGUCAUGGUAUGUAUUGCUUUAGGGCUGUUAAUCAGCAAAGUGUUCCUUAGCAAUAAGAGGUGUGCUCCUUAGGCAACGCCACCACAAGCUUUUGUCUGUGUCACUUUUAUUUUCUGACAGGUAAUCUAUAUGUUCACUACAUUAAAAGAAAUAAUUCUGUAGUCUUUAUUGAAAUACUCUGCCUUCAUUCCUAUAUUACUGAAAGUGCAGUAAUCAACAGUGGUUUUUUCUGUAGCCUGACCAUAUUUGAAUUUGCCUACUAAUUAUGACCUCUUUAUUUGGACCUGUUCAGAGAGUCAUCCAUGCAUACGCUUAGAAAAGAAAGAUUUGUGCAUGUUUCUAGCUCGUCUUAUGGAGGAGUCUCCAGAGUGUCAUGCCCCGUCUGAUGAGUUCAAUAAGACUGGGAUUGUAAUAUGCGAAUCAGACAAAGUUCACAAAAUGGUAGCUAUGAGUUUCUCCAAACCUGGGCUGCAUGCUGUGCAGCAUAUCGUUCUGUGUCUUCCCUUUUCUCUGCGUGACCACACUGUAUAUUUGUCAAGGAAACCAUGCUCAACUUGCAUGACAUUCCUCAUUCAAGGUUCAGUUUCUGCAGUCUAUUACUGGCCAAUAGCUCCUGAAAAAAAGGGAGAUGAUUCAGUGGUUAAAGAAGAUUCUCAGCAGGCUGAUUGUAUGCUUCUCGGAAGUCCUAUAAGUAGCAGUGUGCUCUUACCCACGACAAGCUUUGAAACUGUGAAAAUGAUCGCAAAAAAAACACGAUGCAAAGGACAACCAAACAGCAAUUUUAAGUCGUUCAGUUAUCAAACUGAAGACGUUGAAAAAUAUCAUUCCCUGUUUAACAUAGGUAAAGAUAUGUGUGUCAAACGAAUGGAAAAUGCUUUACGUUGCUAUGAUUUUUUAUUGGAAUGUUCCCAACUUGAGAAAAAAGAACCAAAGGAAAAUGUUCAUCGACAUGCAUUGCAGCUUUGUUAUUUUUUAGCAGCAAGAUCUGGUAAGUUAUGGUGAAAGUAUAGAAAGAAUAGUAACCUAAUAUAAAGAAUGGAUUACUGUCUAUCUGGUUUUUAUUAUUGCCAUUGAUUCAUUCAUUAUGCUACUUCAAAGAGUAUUUCACAACAUAUGAGGAUAUGAGAAGAAUUGUCAUGCUUUCCUAACAUAACUGCUCAAAUGUUUUCCGUUAAUAUAUUUGUUACACUAAAGUUUAAUGUUGUUGUUUAUAAUGUUUGUUGCAAUACUGAGCUAAAACCUAAAGUAGAAGAUGGAAACACAUGUUAUGGAAACAUAGAUAAUAAUGCUUUACCACUUAAUUAAUUUUAGA